AUGGCAAUGGCAAUGAAGAAAACAAAAUCAGCUUCACUUCUUCUAAGUUUGCUUCUAAUACUUCUGUCUCUAUCCUUUCAGGAUACAGUCAUGGGAGCUAGACUCCAUUACCACGGUCCUCCCUUUUAUCGUACAAGAUACACUCCUCCAUCUCCAUCGUGUGGAAGUGGCAUCAAAAUUAAUGAGGUUCACGAUGCACCAAAGAGGUUGUGUAGACACCCUAAACGAAAAAGACCAUCUACCCCAAAUCCUUGA